UUCCAAAACCAACCCCCCAUCCACGCCGCGAUGCUCCGCCGCCGCCGGGCACCGCUCCUCCUGGCCGCCGCCGCCGCGGGCGCCGCGCUGGCUGCCACCUCUCCCUCCGGCGAAAAUGGUCGAAGCGUCGCCUCCGCGCUCCACCAAGGCAUCGCUCGCUCCUCCCGUUCCGUCUACACGAUUGGUUUUGUGAUGGCAGAUUACAAGUAUUCGCUGAGGGGUCUGGAUGCUGGAUCGGCGGAUUACCGUGUUAAGCUCUCCAAGGUUCAUCUGCGGUCAGCAAAAAAACUACUUAAACUAUGUGAAGUGAAUGGAGGGUUUUAUGUCAAAGCUGGUCAAUAUGUAUCUUCACUAAGACAAGUGCCAAAGGAGUACUCAUCAACUCUCUCCUGCCUGCAAGACCAGGCAACUCCAUCCAAGUUUCAAGAUAUUAAAGCAGUAAUAGAGCAGAACUUUGGCAAGGAAUUGUAUGACAUAUUCCUGGAAUUUGACGAACAUCCGAUUGCUGCUGCAUCAAUUGCUCAGGUUCAUCGAGGUCGAUUGCAUAACAAUCAAGAUGUAGCUGUCAAGGUUCAAUAUCCUGGAUUGGAGCAGCGAAUGAAGAUAGACAUUAUGACAAUGUCAUUCUUGUCAAAAAUGGUCUCUUGGGUUUUUCCUGAUUAUAAAUUUGACAGAAUACUAAUUGAAUUUGAGAAAUCCAUGACAAUGGAGCUUGAUUUUACGCGGGAGGCUAAGAAUUCUGAGAGAACAGCCAGCUGCUUCAGGAAAAAUAGUGUUGUUAAAGUGCCUUAUGUGUUCUGGCAACUUACAACCAGGGAGGUUUUGACGAUGGAGUUUUGUUAUGGACACAAGGUUAACGACUUGGACUUCCUGCGGAAAACAGAUAUUAGCCCUACAAAGGUAGCUAAGGCUUUGAUUGAACUCUUUGGUGAAAUGAUAUUUGUACAUGGUUUUGUUCACGGUGAUCCACAUCCUGGAAAUAUAUUAGUUUCUCCUGAAGGCCAUGGGAAAUUUUCACUAGUUCUGUUGGAUCAUGGAAUUUAUAGAGAAUUGGACCAAAAGUUCAGAUUGGACUAUUGUCGGCUAUGGAAAGCACUGAUAUUGUUGGAUUCAAACAAAAUUCUGGAAUUAGGCGAACAGUUUGGCGUUGGCAAAUAUGCGAAGUACUUUCCUGUAAUAUUCACAGGGAGAACUAUAGAAAGCAAGUCAGCUCUUGGCACACAAAUGUCUGGUGAAGAGCAGAGGCGUCUGAAGGAGGACUUAAACUCUCUUGGGAUGGAUGAUAUAUCUUCAUUUAUGGAAUCCUUGCCACCGGACUUCUAUGUCAUACUACGAACAGACGGACUAUUGAGGUCCAUUUUAGGGAAUCUUGGGGCACCACGCCAUGUUCGGCUUCUCACUUAUGCAAGAUGUGCUAUACACGGUCUUGAGAAGCAGCACAAAAUGGAGUCUGGUCUUGGAGAUGUUCAAUUGUGUUCAGGUGCAAUCAGACGUAUGUUCUUGAAUGUCAAAACAAAUGUCAGCUAUCUCCGUCUGAGAGUGAUUAUUGAAAUAGCGGUAUUAUUAGCUAAAGCAAAUGGUGCCAAGCAGAAAGUCGUGAACAAACUCAGACAGAUGUUACAGGAGACCAGUCAAGGUUUUCACCGCCGUAUGUGAUGCCCAGAAGUCAGCGACGUGGUGAAAUUAAGGCUACGAGAAAGGUGGGGGAAGUUGGAAGUACGUCAGGACUCCGGAGUAGAAUCAUAACUGUGAUUGUUCUGUUUCAACUUGUAAAUUGGAGGUUGUAUUGUGUCAAGGAGUCCAAUCAUAACUGUGAGUGCUCUGUUGUAACUUGUAAAUUCUACUUCUACGUCGAGUCUGCGCUCGAGAGUCCAGGUGUUUUUUUUUUGUUGGACCAAGUACGCAUCCCAAAAUAAGUCUACAUCCCAAAAUUCGAGGAGUCAAACAAAUCUUAAUUUGAAGUUUGCCUAAAUUUAUAAAAUUGGUAUUAA